AUGGCUACGAUCGCUGUCAUUGCGGCCGGAGCCAUGGGCUCUGCAGUUGGUCGACGACUUGUACAGGGAGGCUGCACAGUUUUGACAAAUCUGGAUGGACGAUCUGAAGCGACGAGAAAAAGGGCAGCUGAGUGUGGAAUGGAAGAGAAGUCGUUAUCGGAAAUUGCCAACCGAGCCAGCUACGUGUUGAGCAUUCUGCCACCGAGCAAUGCAUUCUCCUUUGCCGAGAAAUUUCUUCAAGAAUCGAAAUCAGCUGAACGAAUCGCGAAUGCAGAUCCUUUGGUUUUCAUCGACUGCAAUGCAGUCAGUCCUGCGACAGUAAAACGUAUUUCUAACUUGUUCAGCCAAUCUUCAUCUGCAAUUGGAUUUAUCGACAGCGGCAUUAUUGGAGGACCUCCUCAAGACGCAUAUAAUCCGACAUUUUACGCAUCGGCAGAUGAUAAGGACAUCCUUCUCAAGUUUGGAAAAUUGUCCAACUUUGGUUUGAAGAUAUCGUUGCUCGAAGAAGGUGCAGGAAUAGGAGACGCAAGUGCACUGAAGAUGUCUUACGCGGGCAUGACGAAGGGAACCACGGCGCUUUUCACUACGAUGAUUCUGGCCGCACAUGCCAGCUCUCCAGCCACUGCUGAAGCACUUUUGCAUGAGCUUAGUGACUCCCAGCCAGAGUUUCUUCGCCGAAUCACUCGUACAAUCCCACCUAUGCUUCCCAAAGCUUAUCGAUGGGUCGGCGAAAUGGAAGAAAUUGGCAGUUUCGUAGGUGGUGGGGAAGGGGCGAUCUAUGAAGGCAUAGCAAAGUUGUAUCAGAGGGUCGAACAGUCUUUAAGCAGCGACCAGAAGGACGUAGAGGUAUUGAAAAAGUUCGUUGAAGAGGCAAAGAAGAAAAUGUAA